CGUUUACGGGUUAGAACGGUUUCGGCAUGGCAUGCACCGUUCAGUCUGGUAUCGGUUCUAGUGCGCGCUGGAAGUGCGGGACUUUCGACGUCGUGUUGUUCGCUGUCGUUUUGCGAGUUUGGUUUUCCUGACGAGUCUCACGGAGUUUCGUUGUCGGUUGGUUGGCGCGAUACGAGAGCGCGCGCGGUCCGCGUGUUAUGUCGUUUUCGCGCGGUCGUAAACAUCAAAACCGUGUGUGGUGAGCGUUGUUUUGAAGCCCUGUGUGUUUAUUGCUCUCGGAAAGUGGAGUGAGUCAUUUCGGGGUUGUCGAUGGUUUUUGGUGGCGCACGGCAUGGGAAGCUGCGGUUGAUGAGUGAUGAUAAUAUUGGCUUGGAGUUAAGUGCCGAAUCGAAUUGGAUUGUGGUUCAUUGAAGGAUUAGUUGUGUAUUGAAAUGUGUAGGAAUCGAUUAGAGGUGAAUGAACAGAAAGCAAAUGAAGUGGCAUUAGAUGGUGAGAAGAAAUGUACAUACUAUGCAAUUUAUGAAAACUGUGUUAAUUAAUAUUUGAAAUCCUUAGAAAGAUAUUAUAUGUACUUGUGCCAUGGAAAGAAGCCAGCUAGUGAUUUGAAUGUGCAAUUUCAAAAGGAAUAAUCAGUCAUAUAAAAGUAUCGUAUUUGGCACGUGAGUUAUUAUUUAAAUAUAAUAGUUGGGAGUUUAGAAGUAAAUAACAUUGGUGGAUUGUUACCAGAAAACUAAAGUGAAAUCAACAUAAAUAGUGGAGAAGCAAAACGCAAUCCCUUACUGUCGGCAGCCGUAAUCUAUUAGCUUCGCCAGUGAGUAGUUGCUGUUACUUCAACAGCUCCGUGCAUAUUUAAUCAUCUGUGUAAACAUCAUAAAUAUAGACAGCCAACAGAGCCACCACUGGUCUCGUCAGACCGCCCCACCAGGAUAAAUCCGACUUGUACCCGGCGCGACCAGGACAAAGUGGACGCGACUCGACGGAAAUGCUUAUGCUGGUAGGUUGCUUGCCAUUCCAUUGCAUUGCGACCGACGACUAACAGACGUAACGAUAGCGAGAGUACCGAGAAUAGAACGAUUCGUACCGAAAGACAACCCCACCACACUGGUGGUUUAGUUGCGAAACAGUUUAAACGGUGCGGCCCACAACGAAGAGCAAGAACCCGAACCGGCGGCAUCUCGCUGUCCCGGGGAACCGAUGUGUACGGAUUUGCGGCCGGCCCGAGUUGGAACAACUCAUUAAAUAAAGAACGAGAUCCGUACUGACAUCGACAAACUUUUCCCAUCAACCGUACCAAAACCGGACCAUCUUUUACGCGGGGCGAAGGACACCACCAUUAGUGCAAACUCACUCGGGAGGAAUGCGCGGCCCCGGAAAUAGUAGUGACUCGGUAAACAUUCAACUCGCUGCUACUUCUGCCAUCCAUCGUCGUCGUCGUCAUCGUCGUGGCACGGGGCAUGAGUUAUGAGCAGUUUUUCCCAUCAUCCAGAGAGUUCGGCCAGAUCGUUCCGUCCCCAACCAAGCCUUGUCAAAAUAAAGGGCACUUCUUCGUCAACGAGCGCGACGUGAGCAGGAUGCAACUUCCGUUGAGCUGAGAACAGACACCGCGGGACAAACUACUUCUGCCUCCUUGCGCCAAUAACUACCACUGCUGUAAGGCAAGCGAAUUUGUUCAGCUGGUUCUGCCGGAGUGUGAAGAAACUGCCAAACAAUGAAAGUUUCUUAUAAAUUAUCGCAUUUCCUCAAUCUAUAUUUCAUUUUCGUGACGGCGACAACACUUCGGACGGAGGCCGCCAAACAGUCCUUGACGACGAACGGGAUUGAUGUUGUUCAGAGCGAGCAUGCCUCGGUCACCCACCCUGGUGGGUGGAGAAGCUCGUCGACUCCCGUGCCCUUGCCUCCUCCGGUGUUGGCAGCAUCCUUGACGGGGCAAGAUAAAUCAGGACUGGAACGAGAUCCCAAACCGGUUAAUCAUCAUUUUUCCUCCUCCAGUUCGAUACUGUCGAAUGCCAAAGGGUCGUCCUCGACGUCGUCGUCGUCGUCUGGAGUGGGAGCAGGAGAGUCCUUGUCGAGUAGAAGUCGAUCGAAAGUGAAUUUUAAUAUUUUGUACGAGAGCAGUAGUGGGAGGGCUCGUCAGUCGGGAGUUGAUGAACCCUCGGAAGGGGCGGAAGGUGCCAGUCGGGGAGUCACUCGAAACAAUGAACCGGAGUUGAGUGUGUCGAAACAACCGACUGGGGACGACGGAGAAGAUGAAGAUGAGUAUGAUUAUGGUGACGGCAGAGGUGAUAAUUAUGAGGAUGACAAAAUAAUCAAUUCGGCAGCUUUGGAUAAUUUUUUCGAUAAGAGUGGGGGAGGAGCAGUGUUCGGUGGAAGUCGAUUCGGGCACACGGCAACCACCGAGUCGGAUUACGAUAAUGAAGAGGAUGAGGAAGAAAACAGUGACGAGGGAGGUGACUUUGACGAGGACUCCUACGGGGAGGGUGGUGAUAUUUUGCCAGUGGAUGGGGCAUUUGAGAGUUUUGGGAAAAUGGGAGGAGAAACAGAAGUGAAAAGUGAUAGCACAUUGCCUUAUUUCCUGGUGGAACCUCAGAGUACUCAUGUGAUACGGAACAAACCGGCGAUUCUCAAGUGUAAGGCGGCAAAUGCGUUACAGGUGCAUUUUAAAUGCAGCGGUAGCAACAAGCCGCCUCCAUCGGCGGAGGAAUCCCAUGUGGAUCCGCACAGUGGCGUACACUACCAGGAGGUGACUGCCACCAUCUCACGCGAUCUGGUGUACGAGUAUUUUGGCAAACCUCCGUUCAAAUGCGAAUGUCACGCGUGGUCACCACGAGGGAAAACCGUUAGCCAACCGGCUUCCGUUGUUGUUGCUUAUCUGAAAAAGAACUUCGUCCUCCCGGCCCCACCGAAGCUGCGCGCCGAGGCCGGCACAAAGCUGGAAAUUAAAUGCACUGCCCCGAAGGGCUAUCCCAAGCCUCAAAUCACGUGGUUGAAAAACAAUUUCACCCUCGCCGGCAGUCCGCUGCUCACGUUCAGCUCCGAGGGAAACAUCCUGAUAAGUGCCGUAAAACUACAGGACAUCGGAAACUACACAUGUGUCGCGGAGAACAUCGCCGGCAAACGGACAUCGGACCCGAUCGAACUAAUCGUUUACGUGAAUGGCGGAUGGAGUCAAUGGAGUGCCUGGUUGGAAUGUCGUUGCCCCGGAAAGCCAGCCCAAGGAAGAAAACGAACGAGAACUUGCAGCGAUCCGAUUCCGUUGUAUGGUGGGCUGCCCUGCGUUGGACCGAACCAGCAGAAAACACUGGACUGUGAUACGUGUCCUGAAGAUACCCAAAUCAUAACUCCAAAUGGGUUUGAGGAUAACACAUACGUACGCCGGUGGUCCGCCUGGUCGACGUGGAGUGGUUGCACCAGCAAAUGUGUCCAAGUUCGACGCCGAAUCUGCCGAACCCAGAACCUGGAAUUCUACGAGAAAACUCUGGUAAAACACCACCAGCAGUUGGCUGCCCUGAUGGACGACCGAUCGACCAUCGAACAGGAUGAGGAAAGUGGUGGCAGCAGCAGCACCAGCAGCGGAUUCGGUUGCCCCGGAAAGGAUAUUCAGUCGAUAGUGUGCCGAGGUGGCGAAUGCAAAAUUGAUGAGACAGCAUCAGAUUGGAUAUUCUACCUCGGCCUGGGGUUCAUCGUUACCUUAUGCAUUACGUUCUUCGUCUUCCUGAUUCACAUCCGCCACCGACAGAAGAUCCCCACGUACAGCAUCUCGAGAACUGCCCCGGAUCAGCUAACCUACACGCACGAAUUCCAAAAGAAACUCACCCAUAACUCGAACAUUAUGCCGGACAUUAACAUACGAGUCAACAACUACGAAUACUCCAACGGAAGCACGAUGGAAGCUCCCAAGAUUCCAGGCCAAAACGUGCCACUUCUGCUUCCGAGAUCCAUUUCAACCGAACAUCACUACGAUGAGCCUCAAUUCACUUCAAGCUAUUCGAAGCCGAUUGAUAGCAAAAACCACGAGAAGGCUAAUCUGUAUCACCAGCACCAGCAGCAGCAGAAACAGCCACAACAAUACCAUCCACAGCAGCCGCAGCAGCAGCAUUUGUAUCAUCAACAGCAGAGCUGCCAUCACCCAGCGUCGACGGUGUCACCCGUUCCGACUGGGACAUCCAGUUUGAAAAGCAUCCAACAACAGAAACAGGCAACCACCACCCUACAGAGCCAACAAUCGGCGCCACCCUCACAAAAGGGUGGAGGUGGCGGACAGUACAUCAGUAAGGAGUCGUUGACCAGCAAUACCAAUACAUCAAACUCAACAUACGCAGUAGCCACCACCGAAUCCCUCGACACAUCCAGCUCAAACGAAGCCACCAUGUACAAAUCGAACAGCUUGCGCCAGGUAGUCACCUCGGACGGAGGCUGGCUCGAACUGGACCAUCUUCAGACGUCGCUUUCGAUACCGGAGGGAGCCCUUCCGGAGGCUCUCAAAAUCAACGUGUUUCUCGCCGUCAUGUACGACUCCAAAGACACCAUUCUAGUCGAAAACCAAAUCACCCACAUCAGCCCGACCAUAGUGUGCGGACCAGCCAAGAGCAGCUUCUCUAAGCCGCUGAUCCUCAAGGUGCCUCACUGCGCCGAAGAUAUCAGCAAUUGGAAAAUUUCACUGUUCUACAAAGAGGAAGUGACGAACUGCUGGAAAAAGAUCGCGUCCUCGGAAAAUGAUGUUCCAAGUCCACAGGCGUACAUUCAACUGGACUUGAAAAAUGCCUACAUCAUGACCCGAAAGCUGGGAAAAUACAUCCUUGGAGGAGAAAACCUGUCGCCGGACGUAACCGUCAUGAAGCGACUGAAGAUCUUCAUGUUCGGCCCAAGUCGUAAGCCGGAAACCGAUUUCAACAUCCGGGUGUACAUUCUGGAGGACUACCCCAGUGCACUGGAGCAUUGUUCAAUCAUCGAAAGCCGAAUGGGCUACUUCAUGAUCGGUCAGAGUUCACCGUUCCACUUCCUAAACAACAAGGAAAAUCUGGUCCUGCGGAUCAACUGCUCCGGGGGAUGGACUUCCAAGUUGGAUACCGCCACCCAGAGGAUUCCGUUCAAUCACGUGUGGAAGAACAUGUCAAUUUUGCACUGUGAGUUCAUGCUGCAAAAGCUGGUCAACGAGAUUCCCUGCUUGAGGGUGGAGCUGGCCGCCGAGCAGGAGAACGGAUCGAAGGUUCUUAUCACUUCGGUGGCAUUCUCGUGAUAGUAUAUACGGACGGCACUGGAAAAGCUGAUGACGAUCUAGUGACGAGUUUGGUGCGCGUGGCGACCGAAUUUGACCGGUAUUCAUCUCUCUGUAGGCCUCUGUUGGUGUAGUGAUAUUAUUGAAAUCGUGGAUAAAAGUGUAGGCUUAAGUUUAUAUAAGAUAGGAUAAUAUUUAUUGAACACAAGAUAAUGGAAGAAUAAGAUCUGGAGGCAGCAACGAUAGGAUGUAAAAGUAUCGAAAUGACAUUGUUUAUCUGAAGUUACAGCACUAAAUCUGUUACGAUGAAUAAUCAUUCACAAAUGUAGUUUGUAGAUUUGUCGAGCCAAAAAAAAACUAGUUAUGAGGUGGAGAAAAAAGAGGUGUUCAAAUAUUUGGGAAAAGUAAAGCCGUGUAGAUUGAAUUUGUAGUUGUUAAAUAAGACUGACAGCGAGGAACAAUAAAUUGAGUUGAAAAGUAA